GAGAAAUUUUAAAUCCCAUACAUGGUGGCCUCAACGCUCACGUACUUUCAUUUCAAGCCUUUUGCACCGCCACAGCCCCAUUGAUGGAACCGAAUGGAUCCGUGAUAUAAGUACGCGCGCUGGCCCAACGCUUUCCGCGCGCGCGCGGGACCAACGCCCGCUACCCCGCUACCCCGCAAGAGCGUACGCGUCCGUCCGGCUCCACAAAGCUCCUCAAACCGUUGGCCAGGCAGCUCGGCUCCGCCACCGCGCUCCGCGGCGAGGCAGAGACCCAGCGAGCGAGGCUCGACCGGCCGCGCUAGCCGGGCGGCAUGGGGGCGGUGGCGAGGCUGCAGGCGGCGGUGACGUCGGACAGGGCGGAGAGCCUCCUCCGGGGCGCGUGCGCGGCGGCGUCGGCGGCGUCCGCGCUGCUCCUGGGCCUGAGCGCGCAGACCAAGACGGUGCUCUUCGUCCGGAAGAAGGCCGUGCCCAAGGACGUGGAGGCCCUCUGGGUGCUGAUCGUGGCGGCGGCCGUGGCCGCGGGGUACCACGCGGCGCGGCUCCUCAAGCGGCUCUGCUCCGGCGGCCGCUUCGCCGGCGGCGAGGACGGCCGGGGCUGCGCCAGGGCGGUCGCGUGGGCGUGUUUCCUCCUCGACAAGGGGUGUGCGUACGUGGUGUUCGCGAGCGCCGUCGCGGCGCUGCAAGCAUGCUUUGUGGCACUGACGGGCGUGGAGCCCCUGCAGUGGAGCAGGCUCUGCAACAUCUAUACCCGCUUCUGCGUGCAGGGCGCCUUCGGCAUGGUUUGCGGCCUCGCGGCCGCCGUCGGCAUGGCCCUCCUCUCCGUCUUCUCCGCCCGCGAUCUCUUCCGGCUCUACUCGCCGGCUGGGCGCAGGCAGGCGCGGCUGAGAUCGGAAUCAAGUCAGACAGGCCUCAUAAGUAAAAAUGAGAUGACCAGAGGAAGCGCGGGAGAUGAUUAGGUUCCUUUAAAAAUUCUCAUCGCCUUGCUGUUAGUAGGUCGCAAGGUCUGACACUGCAUACUGCAAGAUUAUAUAAAUACAAAGUGAAGUUGAAUCAUUUGAGAACAGGCAAAGAAAAUUAAGUGGCGAUUGUUUCUACGUAUUCGUGAUCAUUUAUAUAGUCGUUUUUCUUUUCAA